CUCAAGCCUAUAGGCUUUGACAUUUCAAGAAGACAACGCGAAAUCGAUCGAAAUCGAUGCGCUCCGCGUGUCAGCAAUUGCUGAUCGAAUUCGAGAGAUUGAAUUAAUUCUUGAAUGAGAAGGAAUGCACCAUCCAGCAACUUCGAACGGGGUAGAGGUAGAAACCUGUGCAGCAAGGAAGCUCCGACGGUGCUUCACAAGAAGCAUCAAAGACGCAUCUCCUACGGCAAGCUGCCGAUGGAAAAAACGAUUGUCGGCAGUUGGAAACUGGAAGGCACGUCAAAAUGACUCUGCUUGGAUUGACUCAUAGGUUUUGAACGUUUGCAUUCACCUCACCUAAGCGAGUGCAUUUCGGCACAAAGCCAGCCUGAACGGAAUCUGGAGCCAAAGAGUUCCAAGCGAUGACGCAGUCCUUGACUGCGAACUGGCUCUCAAACAGUCUCAUUUGUGUGACCUUGUAUGGCUUUUGGGGCUUUCUAUCGAAGUUGGCCCUACUUCGAGGUCUUUCAGCUGCUCAAGAAGCAAGCAUUCAAAAGUUGGGCUUCUUUAUGCUGAUGCCUCUCAUCAUGAAGCCGUCUUCCAACGAGCCCACCGCUGCUGCUCCUCUGUUGUCUCGCCCUAAGACAGCUCUACUCUCGGCCUGGCUUAGUGGAGCUUGUUGUGCCAUUGCUUCCAUGUUUUACUCCCGAGCCAUGGCCCAUGGGGAUGCUGGAGCGGUCUCUGCGGUCACGGCCAGCUAUCCACCCAUCACCCUGCUGCUGGGCGCCUUGUUCGCUGGUGAAGAGCUUAGCAAAAGCAAGAUCGGUGGCUCCAUCCUCACGCUGCUGGGCGCGUACCUCUUCACCCGCCGCUAGGCCCGCGCGGUGCCGGCAAGCAAAUCGAUUUGCGGAAGUGUUGGGUGGAGGUUGAUGCUGACAGGCGCUAGUCACCUCCACCGAAUGCCAAAGGGCAUUGCCAUUGUGAACAGCACAAUGACAAGGCCCUCAGCUGCAACAAA